AUGCAGGCAAUCAACAAGAUGUUGGUGCAUCGGUCUGCGCGCCAUGGCCUCUUAACGGUCGUCUUUUUCACGCUCUUGAUGACAGUGUGGUCAUUGAACCUGGAUUUUCUGAUGCCAAAUAGACACAAGACCGCCCAAGAGAGGUAUCUCGAGGAAGAAAAGCGUUAUCCUAGGCUAGCCGUCCCUCCGAGUCAUGACGACCGUACCAUCCUCGAAGAUCCUCGUUUCGAGGAGCAAGGCAGCAAGAUUCCCAGGAUAUACCGACCAUACCCAGACUAUGGCAGUCAAGAAUGGCAGAGCACGCAUCGGAGUCCGUUUGUUCCAUGCGAGGGACCACGUGGGAAGCUCCUGAAUGAGAGUUUGGAUGACCAGGUCGGCGUCUACGUCGGCAUUCCACAUGAGUUCCCAUCCCCUAUGUUUGGAAGUCACGAGGCCGUUGGGUUCAAUGGUCAGGUAUCCUUUGAUCGCUACACUAGAUAUGGUGCUUAUGGCUUCGGAGAGGAGGAAAGCCAUGUUUCCAACUGGAUCAAGCCAUCCAAGGUCAAGUGGAGCGAAGUGGAUUGGUCAGACCUGCAGUGCCGGUGCCAUGAUCGCAAUGCCGCCAGAUACUCUCAGAAGAAUGAGAGUCCCUCCAAAGAAAAACAGCACAUUGCGCCUGAGUCACGAACUGCUGUCCUAAUUCGGACGUAUAUCGGAAAGAAGUAUACCGAGAAUGAUCUUCAGGCCAUCCGUUCAAUGAUCACUGAGCUGUCGCUACAAUCAGGAGGGGAAUAUGCUGUCUUCUUGCUCCUUCACGUCAAAAACCCACACCUCCCCAUUGACCAGGUUGAGGUACACCAGAAGGUCCUGAAAGACAAUAUCCCUGAAGAAUUCUGGAACAUGACCAUUCUCUGGAACGAGCCGAUGGUCGCGGCUCGGUAUCCAAAUCUCGAUCGCAAUGUCGUCGAUGUCCAUCAUGCGCAAUGGCUGUCCGUUCAAAAUUUUGCCCUGCAACAUCCCGAGUUCGACUUUGUGUGGAACUGGGAGGUCGAUGCUCGGUUUACGGGCCAUCACUAUGAAUACGCCAAUAAGGUAGCCGAGUUUGGCCGGAAGCAGCCACGACGGGGGAUGUGGGAGCGCAAUGCUCGCUUUUAUAUUCCGGCAGUUCAUGGUGACUAUGACAGUGCUUUCCGAAAGUUUGUGGAGCAGAUCGAAGACGAAGCGGUCUGGGGCCCCUUACCCAUCGGUCCAAUCUCUAUGAGGGACACCGAGUUCGUUGGUCCCUCGCCGCCGGUCUCCUCGCCGCGCCAGGACUCCUAUGCUUGGGGAGUCGGCGAGGAGGCUGAUUACAUUGGCUUUCUUCCAAUAUUCCACCCCAUCGGUACAGACUGGGUCAUCCGAAAUGAGGUAUCUGGGUAUAUAGGAAACGAUACUCCCCGCCGAGCCUCGUUGAUUACACAUUCCCGGCUCUCAAGGAAAUUGUUGCUCGCCAUGGAUGCAGAGAACCUUGCUGGUCGGCAUAUGGGCUCGGAAAUGUUCCCAGUCACCGUCGCACUGCAUCAUGGCCUCAAAGCGGUUACUGCUCCGCACCCGAUCUACUCGGACAAGAACAUGCCUGCGGAAAGCGUGGAUAAAUGGUUCAACUCUGGUGUCAAUGGAAGAGCUGGAAGCACAAAGAACAGCCCCUUUUCCUGGGGCCGGGAAGCCCGCUUCAGGGACAUCUCGUGGUACUACCGUGCCAAUCUCUCCGGACGGCUGUACUGGAACUUUCUGGGAUGGAGCAAGGAGGGGACUGGAGGGAAGCUGUAUGAAACCUUACAUGGCCGAGUCUGUCUUCCAUCGAUACUCUUUCAUCCUGUUAAGGAUGUUCGACCUGACGCAGAUAACACUCACUAUAAGUUUGACUACGAGUUGGGAUACGUUGCUGUUCCAUGA